AAAUCAAAAUUAAAAGAGAAAAAAGAUGGUAGAUUUGAAUUAAUUAAACGAUAGUGGCAUGUAAUAUGAUGAAGGUUCAAAAUGGGACCCUAAAUGAUGUCAGAACUAGGACGAAACGAAAAAACAGAAUAGGACAAGAAAAAAAAAAAAAAAACCCAAAGAAUCGUACUCAUCUGAGAAUUGUAGACAUGAAAGUGGGAUGUGAGAGAAAUCUAGAGAGAGAGAAAUGUAAAUUUUGUGCAGAGAAGAAGAAAGAAGAAGAAUCUGAUGACUUCUUAAACGACCGCAAAAGCCACCAUCGCCGGCCGCCGCCUACCGCCGCCUUCCUUCCUCGUUACUUUGUCUGUGGUCCACCACCUCCUCCUAUAAACCCAAUAAUCAUUCAUCCUUUUUUUUUCUUUUUCUUUUUUACAUAAAGGCGGUUAAUUUCUUCUUUCCCUUUUAUUUCUUUCAAGUUUCAAUUGAUCAUCAUCAUCGAGAUCAUCUCCGAUUAUGAACAUGCAACAUUAAUUUAAUUAACAUCUAGUUAGAUUAAAGUCGUUUUUGUUUUGGUUUUCAAAUAAGACAGUACUAGAAAAUCUUGUUAGAUUCUUUAGGAGUAAUAUUGAGAGAUCUAGUUUUGGAUUUUGGUAAGUAUAGGUCUAUAUAUAUUAAUUAAUAUUAUAAUUGUUCUCGAUUCGGGUAGUGUGAAACCAGUUCAAUUCUCAUAUCUCAUGCAGUGAACAAAAUUUGCUUAAUUUAUCUUCAGAUUACAGGCAUAUAUCCAAACCAUGCUUUCAGUUCAUACUCUAGAUCGAACCGGGUUUGAACCCAUUUAAGUUGCAAGUAAUCCAUACUUAUCUUCUGUUGUAAGAUCAAGAGUAAAGGAGAUCUAGAUUAAGAUUACAGACAUAUUCAUACGCGUCGUUAGUUCUUAUAUAUAUAGUGAGAGAGAUUCAUAGGUUGAGAAAAAGCGAAAGAGAGAGAGAGAGAAUUAGAAAGAUUGAAUAUCGAUGGAGGAAAAUAGAAAAUCCGACCAGCCUGAACGCAGGUUGAAGCUUCUGGAUAAUCAGCCGCGACAGAAUCAUCAGCCGCCUCAACCGCUCCAGAAUUGUCCGCGUUGCGAUUCUACUAAUACCAAGUUUUGCUAUUACAACAAUUACAGUCUCUCUCAGCCCAGGUAUUUUUGCAAGACUUGUCGAAGGUACUGGACACAAGGCGGAACCCUAAGGAAUGUACCGGUUGGCGGUGGCUGUCGGAAGGGUAAACGUGCCAAAACAUCCGGCACCACCGCAACUUCCAGUCUAGACAGCCCAAGAAGGCUGCUUCCACCACUACCAACAGUACCACAACCACAGCCGGCGGCGCCGGUUUCUUCUUCGUCGCAACUAGUGGGCACAAUGACAAGCCUUGGACGCAAAGAAAUGGGUAAUGUGAAUGUUUCACCAAUGAAUCCUUACUAUCAAAAUGGUGGAUUUUUUCCUUCUUUCGCAGCCAUGAGACCUUUGGGACAUCCACAACCACUAUUGAUCAAUCAUCAUCAUCUUCAACAGCAGCAGCAGCAGCAACAUAACUUUGGAGGGCAGUUUGGAAUUGGAGGAAGUUCUUCAUCUAAUUCAAACAUGGCACUUUUGCAAGGGUUCAACAACAGUCUUAAUCCUGCAAUAUCCCAACAUGAUCAACAACAGAUCUUUAAUCAUCAGUCCCUUAAUGGCGCCGCCUCUGAUCAUAAUGGAGAAAAAAUGAUCAAUAGUAACGUGAUGGAACCAUUUUACUUAUCUCCAAACGGCCCUCUCAUCUUCGGACCCUCUUGGAAUCAGAACAACAACAACGUCAAUAAUAAUGCACCAACCGGCGGCUCCUCUUCGGCUAACGCCAUGAACCCAAAUCAUCAAUGGCCUGGUUUUGGUCCUCCUCCAUGAUGAUCAUUUUAGUGGCAAGAGAUUCUCGAUCGAUUCAAACUUUUUAAGAUUUUAUUUAUUUAUUUGCUUGUCAAUUAUACCAAUAAUUUUAUAUUACCAUAUAUACUGCUGUUCUUCUUCUUCUUCU